AUGGGUGUGGGGCUGCAGCCGCUGGAGUUUACCGAGUGUCUGGCGGACAGCCCGCAUUUUCGUGAGAACCUGCAGCGUCACGAGAAAGAGCUCGAGCGCACCAGCCAGCAGAUCAAACGUCUUAUUAAAGAAGUGAAGGAUGUCGUGCAAGCUGCAAAACGUCUUGGCGCGGCACAGCUGGCGCUGGCUUCCAGCAUGGAGCAGUUCGAGUUCGCGUGCAUCGGCGCCUCCAUGACGGAGGACGAGCGCGCCAUCGGCCGCUCGCUGCAGCACUUCGCGCACCUCAUCCGCACCGUGGAGGACGAGCGCGAGCGCAUGCUGGGGCGCGCGCACGAGCAAAUCAUUCAACCGUUGGAGCGAUUUCGCAAGGAGCAUAUCGGCGCUGUCAAGGAAGGGAAGAAAAAAUUCGACAAGAAGACUGCUAAGUUUUGCCAGAGCCAGGAGCGCACGCUCUCCCUCUCCACGAAGAAGCCCGAGGCCGUUUUUCAAGAAGCGGACGCCGCUAUGGACAUGGCGGAGCGCGACUUCUGCCAGGCGUCGUUGGAGUACGUGUUCCAGCUGCAGGCGGUGCAGGAGCGCAAGAAGUUCGAGCUGGUGGAGACGCUGCUCGGCUUCGUGUUCGGCUGGUGGACCUUCCACCACACGGCGCACGACGUGCACGCGGACGCCGAGCCGCUCGUCCGAGACCUGCAGCUUCGAAUCCAGCGGACGCGGAGCAACUUCGAGGAGACAAGUAAACAGACGGAAUCGCUUAUGAAGAAAAUGAUGGAAGUGCGGCAAAUGAACAAAGAGGAAGAGAUAUCGGACGAUGGCGGUGGUGUAUCGCGAGCCGGUUACCUGUUCCUCAUGGAGAAAAAGGCGUUCGGCACGACGUGGAGCAAGCAGUACUGCACGUACGAGAAGGAGUCGCGGAUGCUGUCGCUGAUGCCAUACAACCAGAUCAACGUGAAAACGACGGGUCCGUCGGAGUGCGUGUGCGUGUGCGGCGCGCGCGCGUGCGUGGAGGCGGAGCGGCGCUUCUGCUGGGAGGCCGUGCCCGCCGAGCGCGAGCGCACGCCGCUCACGCUGCAGGCGCUCGGCGAGCGCGACCGCGCCGCCUGGCUGCGCGCGCUCGAUGCCGCGCCCGCCGCGCCGCCCGCCGCGCGCCGCGCGCUGCAGGGUGACGGAGAACCGACAUGCGAACUAAACGAGGCGGGCUUUGCCUUUGUGCGUCGCGUUAUUGCCAUCUUAGAAGCACGAGGUCUUGAGGAACAGGGACUAUACAGAGUGGCAGGCGUCGCAUCGAAGGUGGCGCGGCUAGUUAGCAGCGCUGCCUCCACCGGUGGGCUGGGCGAGCUGGCCGAGCCCACGGAGUGCGAGAGUAAGACCCUCACAUCUGCGCUCAAGAGUUUCUUGCGAGCGUUGCCCGAGCCGUUGCUCACUCGCCGACUGCACGACCAGUUCCUUGCCGCUGCCAAGCUGGAGCGGCGGGCGGAGCGCGUGGCGGCGCUGCACGCGCUGCUGCUGGCGCUGCCGCACGACAACCGCGCCAUGCUGCGCCUCGUGCUGCGCCACCUGCGCAAUGUGGCCGCGAAGAGCGACAAAAACCUGAUGACGGCGUCGAACCUGGCCGUGUGCUUCGGGCCCACGCUGCUGAGGCCCGAGCGCGAGACCGUGGCCUCCAUCCUGGAGCUGAAGUUCUGCAACGUGCUGGUGGAGACGCUGCUCGACCACUUUGACGCGCUGUUCGAUCCCAUUCCACCCGCCCCGCCCGCCGCACCUGCCGCCCCGCCCGCCCAACUCGCCGUACGCCCGCCCAAUGGGCUGCUUAGAACGUCUCCAACAUCGCUUGCUGUUUCAGCGCGCAGUGAUGUUGUGUCUGGAGCGUCGUACGCGCCUCACCAGCACUCGCUGCUGCAGCACUUCGCGCUGCCCGCGCACGCCGCGCUGCCCGCACACCCCGCGCUGCCCGCACACCCCGCGCUGCCCGCACACCCCGCGCUGCCCGCACACCCCGCGCUGCCCGCACACCCCGCGCUGCCCGCACACCCCGCGCUGCCCGCACACCCCGCCCUGCCGCCGCACUCGGCGCUGCUGGCGCACAGAGGUGUGGGCCGCUGCAGCAGCAGCUCUGAGUCCGUGUCCAGCCAUAGCGCGUCGCCGCCUCCGCCCAGGUUCACGCGCGUGCGCACACUAUACGCUUGUCUGGGUGAGAGUGAAGGCGAACUCUCGUUCGAGCCCAAUCAAAUCAUCACGAACGUGGCUCCCUCUGGUGAACCGGGCUGGCUUCGAGGACAGCUGGAUGGCCGCUGCGGCCUAGUGCCUGAGAACUACGUGGAGCCGCUACCUUAG